AUGGAUGCAUUCAUAUCGCGGCUUUCCUACCACGCAACCAGCUACGCCAUUCGGUCUUGCCUAGCCUUGACUUCGACCUUGGUGAUCCAGCAAGGUUCAAGAUUAUUAAAAACUGUGAACGACGAUCCCCUCAGAGCUGAGCUGGCUUCACUGCAACGACGUUUAGCCCGCAAGAUAGAGCUUAUUUCACCAAUCUUGGAGUCAAUCGAAUUCCAGUACACCAGAGGGAACUUGGCGCUGGAGACUUGCGUGCAGACAACACGAGAGAUCCGAGAAGACAUCGAUGCUCUGGCAAGGAGAUUGCAAGAUGCAGCUAUUCUGCAGGAGCAGCCCGUGGUCGGGCACAAGCAACAGUCGGCUCCAGAGCGGCACGCCGAGCUGCUCUCAGUCUUGACGGAAAUGAAGCAAGUCAUGACGAGCAUUGACGACGCCAUCCCUUCAAUUAACCUAUGGGUUUCCGCCAUUGGAGGCAUUCAGGCCCAGCCCUCGGCCUUUUCUCCUUCUCGUUUGUUGCAGGCGAGCAUGCUGGUCAAUAUUGGCGACACGCAGUACGUUCUAAAUCCGAGCCAGCCUAUGCAAAUAGGCCCAGAUUUCGCAUUGUCCCUUUACAUGUUGUUCCAAGGCCAUGCUUCACCUCAGGACGGCGAAGGCUAUGGGUUUGACGAAGGGCAGAGAAAGCCGACUUGGCAGGAGGUUGUCCAUAAGGCUCGGGUUAGAUUGUAUCGACUACCGCCCCAAAAUGACGGCAUAUCACAGGAUGAAGAGGUAGUAGGAGGCCAGGGGUACGCCUAUUCAUUGCAAAUUGUGGAGGAUCUGGACGAUGGCCGAGUGCACACUUUCGAGGAUGGGAAUGCACAACCAGGACCCUACGAUGGUGUCCUACUUGCCGGUAUCAGGGAACUCAUACCUGUGGGCCAGGUUUCGAAGAUGUUCUACGCCGACGUCGGAAGGAUCCUGAAUAUCCAGAACGAGGAUGGCGCGUCCAGCAAUCCUGUGCUCCUCCUCAAAAAAGACACCACGCAACAGCUGCCAAGUCCUGUCAACUUUGAGACGAAACCGCAAUUCCAGACGUUAGAAAAUGCAGAGGAACCAGCCGUCCCUUCUUGCUCUACGCCAUCAGAGUCAAGUACCCAGGAUGAUAUCGACCGCCAGUUGCGCGAGGAAAGCCUGGAAGAAAACGUCAUCGAAGGGGGUUCCCACCACCAAGAAGUUCAGCCCGUAGAGACACCCGAGCAAAACCCAGCCUCGUGGACCAUCCCACACAACCUCGAUCCUGAAUGGAUAGCCCUCGAAGUAUAUGACUUUGACGACUCGGUAUCGUCGACAGAUGGAGACGAAACGGGAUCUAUACCCGACGAGAGUGAUACCGGCUCCAAACCCCCGCGCCGCUCCGCAGCAUCCCGGAUGUCCGUGGACGGCAACCUGAUGAACCAACUCCACCGCAUGAGCCUGUCGCGGUCUCAGACUCCGGACCCGUCAUGGACUUCCGGCGAGCUGAUGAGGUCUAUCGGCGGCCUCCGGCCGCCAAUGAGCCCGUCGCUGGUGGAGCGCUCGCCGUUCGGCGCCAUCAAGACCUCGCUGUCGCUGCUGGAGAUGCUGCUGCGCCUGACCAGCCUGCAGGAGUUCGAGCAGACGACGCACCUCGCCAUCCCGGACCACGUCCUCAAGUUCUACCUCGACGAGUCGGCCUCCGAGAGCGGCCUCCACGGCAAGGAGCGGUGGGCAGCGCGGGCCGAGGCCGCCCGCAAGGUCGGGUUCGAUCCCUACACAGAUGGGCCUGGCAGCAGUGCAGGGGGAGCCUAG